AUGACAAAACAAUCACAAUUCCACCGUUUGAUCGUAAGGGAUAAAGGUGUUUUCAAUGGAAAGAACUUCUCCAUAUCAACAGAUUCAAUGAGUUGGAUUCCUGCUUAUGCAAUUUUUAUCACCAACGAAGGUCAAUUAUAUUCAUCUGAUGAUAAUGAUAAUAAUUACUUAUUAUUACAAUAUUUACAAAGUUGUUAUAUCCAAAUAAUCCCCAACAUCCAAAAUAAUCAAUCACUCCGGAGUAAACGAACUAAAACCAAGAAAUCAGACCAAAAUAAUGAUAACAUGCCUCCAGUAAUUUACAUUAAAACCUUUGAUAAUGAAAGAUUAUACAUUAAAGUACAAUCCAAGAAUAAUUUUGGUAAUUUAAUCAGUUCAUUGAUUGUUUGGCAGAAUUUGAAACCCAAAUCUUUAGUGAAAAAAUGGUAUUGUGAAAAUAAAUUCAUAAAUUCCAAUCCUGAUUUUGUUCAUGAAGUUUUAGUUUGUAGAUUCAAAGUUUAUGGACCAAUUAUCAAUAAAGGUAAGAACAUUAACAUUGUAAAUGGACCAAAAGUCCCUAAGUUUAGAAAUUUAAACAAUACUUUGGUGGGAGGUAUAACUAAUGAUUCACUUCCAACUACCUCAUCUAUUAAUGAAGGAUGGUUUUAUACCAUGGGAGCUUUGAAUUCAAACGGGAUUUUGAAUCUUAUAACAGAAAUGGAUGGUACUUUAUUAUAUUCCAUAGAUAUCAAAGAAAUCUUAUCCAGUGAAAUCAGAGAAGUUCAUCAUUCUAUUUUUGAUAAUUCUAAUGUUUUGUAUAUUGGACAACUUGGAGAAUUAAGAUGGAAUAAUUUGAUUAAAUCCAUUAGUUCAACAAGUUAUGAUCAGAACUAUUCUCCUUUCUUAGUUAAAGAUAAUAAACCUAUAAAUUCCCAUCAAAGAAUUUUAGUUGAGUUCCCUUUACAUAUUGAUUUAGAAGAUUGGUUUGUCGGAUUGAAUUAUUUCUCCAAAAGAGAAUAUAUUGGAUCAUUUGAUCCUAAAACUUCUUCAAUUAACAAAUCUUCUUCAAUCAAUGAUAUUGUCAAUAAACUGGAAGAUUUGACAUUAGUUGAUCAUGAUGAUUCUUUUAAUAUUGAUCAAACCAUUAAUUCAAUCCCUCUUAAAGGUGAAUCUAUGGUCAAAACUUCCACCAAUUCAUUGAAUAAUCCAGGUUUGAAAAUCUAUGAAAAGGAAUCUUUCAGAGUAUCUAAGAAAUUACUGAUUGAUAUUAUUGAAGCCAAAUUUGAUCAGUUAUCUAAAAUAUCUAAUUCUUCCAGUAAGAUAUAUGCUGAAGUAUUAAUGUGGAAAGUUCCUUGGUCAAGAACAGCUAUAGUGAAUUUUACUUCCAAUCCUUUCUGGAAAGAAGAAUUUUCAACUGAUUUACCAAUUUCUACUCAAAUAAUUCAUAUUUUGAUCAAACAAUGUAUUUCCGAUGGUUAUCUGGACAAUGAUCAUAUCAUUGGUACAGUUUUCAUUACCCCUGAUAUUUUAUCUCGAAAUCUUGGGAAUUCUUCCACCAUAAUGAUUGAAGGUAAUGAAACUGUCAAUACACCAACAGACAAUUCUCCAGGGAAUGAUAUUGUAAAACUUCCAAUUUAUGAUUAUAGCAAUGUACCAAUUGGGAAAUUAUUAGUCAAUGUCAAAUUGAAAGAAUAUCAUAUUUUGUCACCUAAGAAUUUCAAACCAUUGGAAAGUAUGCUUUAUAAUGCUCCAAUGAAAGAUUUGAUUGAAUUUUGUAAUCAAAAUGUUUCAACUUCAGACUUUGAAAAUGUUAGUUUGAUAAUGUUAGAUAUCUUCCAAAGUUUGGGCAUUGAAGAUAAAUGGUUUAAAGAAUUGAUGGAUUAUGAAUUAGUUAAUGUUGAUAAAGUGACCCGUCAAAAUUAUUCUUCCUCAACACCUAAUCCAACCAAAACAUCAUCUUCGAACAAUGUAUUCAAUACUUUAUUUAGAGGUUCAUCAAUUUUUUCUAAAUCUUUAGAAAAAUAUAAUCUCAGAAUUGGUCAAGAAUAUUUGGAGAAAGUUUUCGGUAAUUUCUUUGCUAUCAUUAGCAAAGAGAAAAAGAAUUGUGAAGUUGAUCCAAGGUAUGUUAAAUUACAUGCUAAAGCUGAAUUGAGAGGUAAAAUCAUCGAUGACAAUAAUUUGGAUGUUGAAGGAUCUGACAGUGAAGAUGAAUAUGAUUCUGAUGAAGAGAUAGAAUUAGAUAAAAAAGUUAAAUCUAUGGUUGAAGAAAAUUAUCAAAAUCUUUAUAAUUAUGCUGAAGAAAUAUGGCAUAAGAUUUAUAUCACCAGUAAUGAUUUACCUGAACAAAUUAAAAGUCAACUUAAAAAUUUCAGGACUAAAGUUGAAUUAGCUUGUGAUCCAAAUGAUAAAACUACAGCUUUAAAUUGUCUUUCAGCUUUUAUAUUCUUAAGAUUCUUCUGUCCUGCCAUUUUAAAUCCAAAAUUAUUCUACUUAACGAAAAAUCAUCAAACAGGUAAAUCUCAACGUACAUUGACAUUAAUAGCUAAAAUUUUAUUAAAUUUGGCUAAUAGACAAGAAUUUUCACCUCACAAAGAACCACAUUUAGUAAGGAUGAAUGAAUUCUUAUUCAAAUAUCAACAUGAAGUUUUGGAUUAUUUUGAUAAGAUCACGGGUAGGAAAAACGAUUUUAAUGAAAAGAUUUUGGAUUUGAGUCAUGAAGUUAAAAGAUUUGAUUUAGGAUUAUCAGGAGAUUCAACAUCUAAUGAGUUACCAACUACACCUUAUUUAAUUGAUAAAUAUCUUCGAUUAACUGAAUUGAUCUAUCUUUUAGAUAAGAAGGAAGUUGAUGAAUUAUCAGAAGACGAUUAUUAUCAGGAAAAUGAAGAAAAUGAUGAAGAACUCGUUGAUGAAGUCCCCGAUGAAGAACUUGAAGAAACCGAAUUAGAUGAUGAAGUUGCUAAUACAGUAUUGAAUAAUAAAACUCUUUUGAAUGGUAUAAAUGAUGAAGGUUAUGAUAAUUUUGAUGAAGACUUAAGUACCAAAAUUCAAAAGAAAUUGAAAUCCUCCAUUAAAGAAGGGGAUAUUAAAAUCAAAAACAAUGUUUAUCAAAUUGGUUCAUUAGAAUUUGAAAAAUCCGAAUUCUUAGAUUUAGCUGGUGAUGAUGAUACAGAAGAUUUUAUUAAAAGUUUAUGUAAAAGUGAUGAGAAUAUCUUUUCUUUCAUUACUUCUAACAUUACAUUGAAAGACUUACAAAAGAGAAGUAAUAACUUGAAGAAGAAAAUCGUUGAAACGGAAAAUUUCUUGAAAAAUUACGAAUAUCCUAAUAAUUAUCAAGGUGAUCAACAUAUGUGGAAUAGUUUUACUCAUGAGAUCUUAGAUAACACUUAUCUUGAUUUAGAAAGAAAUUGUCUUGUUCAAUUAGAUGAUUAUGAUGGUGAAAUUCCUCAUCAUUAUAAGAAAGUAGUAGAUAAUGGUUUGAAUUAUUUGAAAUUGAAAUUCGUUGAUGAAUCUAAUACUACUACGGUGAAAUCUACUACUUCUUUAAAUAAGAUUAAAGAAUCUACAAGUCAAGAAACUUUUAACACAGUUUCCAAAUCUUCAUCAACAAAAAAUCCAUUCAAGAAAUGGUUCAAGGGUUAA